UUGUAUUUCAAAUUGCGAUAUAGUUUUAGACAAUCUUAAGCAGAUUGACAAUAGAACAAAAUGGACAAGACAAUUGUAUUUUUGUGUGUCAUCGGGUUAAUUUUGCUGACCAUAGGUGAAAGUGAAGGGCGAAGAUUCGGAGUUCGAACUAGAACCUACCGCGGAGGGAGCUACUCUGGUGGCUCUUCUUUUUCAGACGGCACUGAUCUAGCUUUAAUUCUCGGCCUCAGCAUUGGCAUUCCAGUUGGAAUCGUCUUCCUCGUUUGCUGCAUUGUCUGCUGUAGCGUCUGUUUCGAGAGUUGCUGUGAUAAGAAAGAACCCGAAGAGGACAAAUCGGUGGAAGAUGACAAUGCCAUGUCUGCCGCAUUCGAAACAGAAGCAAACGGCGGACCUGGUAUACACGAACCUGGGGUCCAUCUUACCGGAUCCGACACCGCAUAUUUCUCAAACAACAGCCAGCAACAGAACACAUAUUGGACACAUGACCAGCUACCGGCCUAUGGGGAUGCCAAUUUUUACCCAUCUCAGCCCUUGAAUGCCGGUGACACCAAAUUCCCCUCUGCGCCUGAGUACACGCCAAACGGCAAUGCAUCAGCCUGCAACAACAGUGGUGGCAGCGGUGGGAUUAGUUCUAUAAGUGGCGGUGGCGGUGGGAUGGACUACACUCCCAGCAGUGGAUAUACACAUGAUUAUAGUUCCCCUAGCAGCGGCGUUGGUGACGCAGGUUGUACCAGUAGCUCAAGUAAUGACACUGGGGGGGGUGGAUGUUCUUCCUCUAAUGACUUUUAGAUUUUUACUGUGAUAUCUAUUUAUUCAGGACUGUAUUUGCAAUCGAAAGCUUAGGCUUUGAAAUAUAUCUCCGUGUUUCUUUGAAAUUUUAAUUUGCUCAAUGUCCAGUUCGCUCAAAGAUAAUCAUCAAAAUGUUAAGCAAUUUAGUUCAUCACUAUGUAAAGUCACUGUUGUCUUUAUAAUAGUUGCUUAGAAAAGGUUCCUAUUCAUGGAGGAGACAAUUGAAAGGCUUGUAUCAAAAGAUAGUGUGAAUGUGAAAUUAAUUUCAAGGGAUUUAAAAACUGAGCAACUGAGCUUUUAAUCCAUUUGUUUCUAGCAAACUUACAUAGGCCUACGGCAUAACUUAUUGCUAUCUACCGUGAGUGUAUUUUGUAUUUAUUAAAAGUCCUCUUUACACUCAGGAAAAUUUAGAUCUGAAAAUAAAGGUAAAACCGGUGCUUGCUCAAGUCAUAUGUUAUAAAACAGUUGACUUGACAUGUCUUACUAGAUAUUUCAAAUAUUACUCUGAGCAUCUGGUAAUUUUAUCGGCCAAACAAUGCUUAUUGGAAUAAGACUUUUUCUACCAUUGUUCGUAAUGAAAUUCGGAUUUUAGGAAGAUUUUUUUUUUAAUAUUAGACUUUUCAUAAUGCGUUUUGAUUAUUUUAAACGUGAUGCUAGGACCUCUGAUUGAGCGUCUUUGAUUCUUGUGCCAUUGUUGAACUUAUUUUAGUUUUUUAUGCUGUUAUAUACAUAUACAUGUAUUUUGCAUAAAUACUGCUGACCUUGGUUUUUUGUGAAAAGCUUUUGGUUAUAUUGUACAUACAUGUUUUUCAUUUCGUCUUGCAGAUCCAGAAAAUAUUAAUGAUGACAAGUCAAGGGAGAUAUGUAAUAUACAUUGUAUGAUAAGUAUUAUUGAAUGUUUGGGGUGGUAUUAUAUAUGAUGAAUGAAUUAUAUGAUGAAUAAACUUGUCUAUUUUUACAAAAAAAUGCUUUUAUGUUUAUUUCAUUUUAAUAAAAAUUAAAACAAUCAUUUGGGAUUACCCUUAACAAUUCAGUAGGAAGGGUUACCUGUAUUUUCCUGUACAACAGAUAUGACAAUGAUAA